GUUUGCGGCGAAAACAAGCGACAAGAAUUUGGUUGUCGGUUGUUGAGCUGUUGUGCCUAAUAUUUUCUUUUCCAUUUAAAACUUAUUAUUUUUGAUUAACUUUGCUAAAAAUUUCGGCUAAUUUAAAAACAAAUUAACACGGUUGCUCGUGUAUAGUAAUUUGUUACGGCGAGGCAAUUUGCAUUUAAAAACAAACAUAUAAUACAGUUCCGUAAAAGUAUUUAGUGAAAUAAUUGCGAAGUGAAAAGAACUUGAUAUUGCGGGUUUUGAACAGGGGCUAUUAUUGUGAGCAAGUACAAAAAAUCUCCAUGCCUUGGAUCACCAAAUGCUGUGCGGCAAAUAUUACAUACAAACUAAAUCAACAACUAUUUUCAUGAACAGAAUUUUGUAGAUUGGAUCUUUAUGAAGGCUAAACUGCAUGUCUGCCUCUUGGAAUUGGUUUUUUUUUUUAGUAAAUUUCGCAAAAUUCUUAUAUAUACAUACAUAUGUAUGUAUGUUCAAUUGUAUGCGUGUCCCUUCAGCUGUUCCAAUAACUAAAUUUCAAUUUGUGUUGAAAAGUUGUUUUACUUAUAUACUUUGGAAAGAUCCACACAACGCGCUUCACUCGCUAUAGUGAAAUAAUUAAUAGAUUGUAGCCGUAUUCCCAACGUGCAACGAUUAAAUUUUAUUGUUUGUGUUGAAGAAAAACUACAAAAAUAAUAUUUUUGAGUUUUAAUGUGUGCGAACAUUACUGUUUGAAUUUAUUAGAUAAAGAUAAAGUAAAAAAGAACCAAUUACGACGUGCAUUACAUAUAGCUAACGAAACAAACCACGAAACGUCUUUUUUGAUCUUCAAUACUGUUAACAUGGCGGAUUCAUAUUAUCAGGGUGACUACAUUAAACAUCCCGUCCUUUACGAGCUCAGCCACAAAUAUGGCUUCACCGAUAAUCUACCCGAGAGUGCGCUACCUAAUCGCCUCGAGGAAAUCAAAGAGGCGAUACGUCGUGAAAUACGCAAAGAGUUGAAAAUUAAAGAGGGCGCUGAGAAAUUACGCGAAGUAGCGAGAGAUCGACGCUCACUGAACGAUGUUGCAACGAUUGUGAAGAAAAGCAAUAGUAAAUUAGCCGAAUUGAAAUCGGAAUUGCAAGAACUGGAGAGUCAUAUACUACUAACGCAAGGCAACUCCAUGAGCAAUGGCAGAGAUGGCUACUGUUCAAAUUUAUCAACGCCAACCUCAACAUUGGGUGGCAGUGUUAGCAGCUUGGGCGGCAGUGGUGGUGGUGGUGGCCUUAUUGGCGGUGGCCACGAGCAACUUUCUACCAACGACAAAAUGCUCAUCUCACUCGAGAAGCAAUUAAAUAUCGAAAUGAAAGUGAAAAAUGGCGCUGAGAAUAUGAUACAAUCACUGGCUAAUGGUCAUCAUGGGCGUGAUAAGAAACUCUUAGCUGAGGCCCAACAAAUGUUGGCCGAUUCAAAGGCGAAAAUUGAAUUCUUACGCUUGCGCAUACUCAAAGUGAAGCAAAAUAAAGAACAUGCUCAUAAAUUGUCCGCGCAAGCAGCGAUUGCUGCGAGCGGUGAUGGUGAGAAUGGUGGACAGCCGCAACGGCUGGAGACGACGCUCGAGGAGCGUAUCGAGGAGUUGCGGCAUCGGUUACGCAUCGAAGCUGCUGUGGUGGAUGGAGCGAAAAAUGUGAUAAGAACCCUACAGAAUAAUAAAGUGCCCGAUAAGAAGGCGUUGCAAGAGGCAAACAUACGUCUUAGUGAGUCGUCGCGUAAACUGGAUCUUCUUAGGCACUCACUCGACUUGCGGCGUCUCGAAUUGCCCGUAGAUUCACCGGCCGCACAUCAACUAAAAUCUGAACUACAAUCGGUACAACAAGCUUCAUCGCCAAUUCCAGUCACCUACACGUCACUGCAACCCUUUCAUGGCGGUUUGUUGGGUGGCAAACCAUACCAACAGGUCUCUUCACUCGGACGCUGUGCCAGCGUAUCUGGUAAACUAGAAGUGCGUUUGAUGGGUUGUCAGGAUUUGUUGGAAGAUGUGCCUGGACGUUCGCGUCGCGAUAAAGAUAACAACUCCAGUCCGGGUGAUUUGCGCAGCUUUGUUAAGGGCGUAACGUCGCGUAGCAGUUCGAAAAGCUACUCAGUCAAGGAUGAGACAUCAUCCGAAAUAAUGGCAGUCAUAAAGUUAGACAAUAUAACGGUAGCGCAAACAUCCUGGAAACCGUGUUCGCAACAGGCCUGGGAUCAGCGUUUCUCCAUCGAUCUAGAUCGUUCGCGUGAGCUUGAAAUCGGCGUUUACUGGCACGAUUGGCGUUCGCUAUGCGCUGUGAAAUUUUUACGUUUAGAAGAAUUCAUCGACGAUGUGCGACACGGCAUGGCAUUGCAGCUGGAACCGCAGGGUCUGCUCUUUGCCGAAAUCAAAUUCCUCAAUCCGAUGAUAUCACAAAAGCCAAAAUUGCGUCGUCAACGCAUGAUCUUCAACAAACAGCAAGUGAAGAAUAUACCACGUGCCAAACAAAUGAACAUCAAUGUGGCCACCUGGGGACGUUUGCUCAAGCGUAACACGCCAUCCAGCACACACCUCACCACCGAGGGCGCAACAACACGCGGUAAUUCACGCGAUAGUGAAUCGCCCAUCUCACGCUCACCAUCAUCCGGCACCAUCGAUGCCGAGCCGGAACCGUAUUCACCUGGCCAACAGGCACGCAAUUUGGAAUACGAUCCCGAUGCUGGUCUCCACGAGCACGUCGAAACACCGGGUGAAUGUCCCGAUCCAGAGGUGAGCGGUUUGAGUGGCAUGCGUCCGUUAUCGAUGCAGGGCAUAGCAGUGUUGCCACCGGAAGUGCCUUCACAAACACAACAACAAGCUGCGCUACAACAGCAGCAGCAACAGCAACAUUUGUCUACGAAAAACAACAAUUUGCAUUUGCAAAUCGGCAGCAAGCUUGGGCCAACGAUGGCAUCGCCUGAAGUCGGUGGCGGCAUGUCGCUGGGUUCUAGGCCCACUUCGAAAAUGCCAACACCCACUCAGACGCAGCCGCCGCCCAUACCGUCUACUGCGCCACCAAAACUGGAUCCAGAGUUACAGAGCGCCUUGCGUGAAUUUGAUUUUCUCAAUCAAAUGGACUCACAACCCAACACUCUACAACGUCCAGUGCAACAACAAUUUAAUCGCCAGCAACAACAUCAGCAGCAAAAGCCACAACAGCAAACAAUGCAACAACAAUAUAUUGUCUCAGCUGCACAACAAAUCCUGCAACCAUAUCAUACACCACUGCCCACCCAACAUCCAAUGCCCUUACAUCAAUACCAACCGCAAUUGUCUGUCACUGGUGGUAGUGGUGGUGCUGUUGGUGUUGCAACUGGUCGUCAGGCCGGUUCAAUGCCAACAACACCAGAGGGAGGUAUUAGUAGCAGUCAAGCAACGUUGUCAACGAAUUUCGGCAAUGCAACGCAAGCGAAUAAUAACAGUAAAUAUAAUGUGGCGCCACAUGUGACACGUCAAACUAGUCAAAGUAGUUUUAGACAUCAGCAGCAGCAGCAGCAGCAGCAGCAGCAGCAACAAAACUACAAUAAUAAUAACAAUAAUGCAGCGUUGGGCAAUGUAUACCAUCGACCGGUGUUGGCUAUGCCGCCGGUGGUGUUGAUGGGCGGCGAAAUGGGCGCCAACACUGAUAUGACGAGUCCGAUAAUUGAAAUGCCGCCAUCGCCGGCGCCGAGUUCAAUGCCGAUUGUCGAGUAUCCGGAUGACGACGAGUAUGGCGUGGUGCAAGAUGUCUCGGGCAUAACGAGUUACAGCACCGAUGCCGGUGAUCGUUUCUGUGUUGAGGCGCAACUCAAUGUUGUACACGUACAAUUUGAGCCUUUAGCAACUAUAUUUCCUACAACAACAAUAACAACAAUAGCAACAACAACAACAAAAGCGUCAACAACAACACCACCAACAAGACCAACUAAAUACAGAACAAGCUUACACAUUGGCGAUAAAGAAGAAGAUAUUGUUAUUUCACCAACCACAACACCGUCAGCCAGAUCGGCAGCACUCACUGAAACUGAGGUUGAAAGUGAAAUCCAACUCGAAACGAAAAGUAUACGUGAAUAUGUUGAAGCGAAGAGAAAUAUAUUCUCACCUCACUUUGCCUUGGAAGAAGCAUACCAGGAGUGUUUGAGAGAAAUUGAUAAAUUAGAAACGGAAAAUAUAUACCAGGAGUGUUUGGAAGAAAUUGAUAAAUUAGAAGCGAAAAAUAAAUACCUGGACGGUUUGGGAGAAAUUGAUAAAUUAGAAACGGAAAAUAUAUACCAGGAGUGUUUGAGAGAUAUUGAUAAAUUAGAAACGGAAAGAAUAUAUGCAAACUCCUCGGCGCAGAUUAUACCACAAUUCAGUAAUUUAUCAGUCAACAGCAACAAUAAUCAACAACAACAGCAGCAGCAGCAACAAACUCAGCAACAACAAAAACAAUAUGUACCCGAAUCACCAAUCAUACAAGAGCCACCAACACCCACAGUUUAUGGGCAAGCUGCCGUACAACCACCACAUUUCCCACAAGCAGCCCAGCGUCAAAGCUACGCAACACCAGCUGCGGCAGCUUAUCAACAGCAGCCGCAACAACAACAGCAACAACCGAUUUACCAGAAUCAAUAUGAACUCAAUGCCGGCCCAAUGCCGCCACCACCCGCACCAACAGCGGCUGGCGGCGGCGGACGUCGUAAUGUUGCGCGUGGCCUACAAUAUCGUGACUCGGCUUACGAGUCACGCCGCCAAUCGCAAGCGAUCGGUGGUGGCAAUAUGCCACAAGGUAUGUUGGCCAUUGAGAACUUCCGGCUGUUGAGUGUUUUAGGUCGUGGCCACUUUGGCAAGGUCAUUCUAUCGCAAUUGCGCAGCAAUAACCAAUACUAUGCCAUAAAGGCGUUGAAAAAAGGCGAUAUCAUAGCACGUGACGAGGUGGAAUCGUUGUUGAGUGAGAAGCGCAUUUUCGAGGUCGCCAAUGCAAUGCGUCAUCCGUUUCUGGUCAAUUUGUAUGCGUGUUUCCAGACUGAUCAACAUGUUUGCUUUGUUAUGGAGUACGCGGCCGGUGGCGAUCUGAUGAUGCACAUACAUACCGAUGUAUUUUCCGAGCCACGCGCUGUCUUCUACGCCGCCUGCGUAGUUUUAGGGCUACAGUAUUUACAUGAGAAUAAAAUUAUUUAUCGUGAUUUGAAACUGGAUAAUCUACUUCUGGAUACCGAUGGUUAUGUGAAAAUUGCUGAUUUUGGUUUGUGCAAGGAGGGCAUGGGCUUUGGCGAUCGCACGGGCACUUUCUGUGGCACACCAGAAUUUUUGGCGCCCGAAGUGCUCACUGAAACUUCAUAUACCCGCGCUGUCGACUGGUGGGGCUUGGGCGUGUUGAUAUUCGAAAUGCUGGUUGGCGAGUCACCCUUCCCCGGCGAUGAUGAGGAAGAAGUUUUUGAUUCAAUUGUUAACGACGAAGUGCGCUAUCCGCGAUUUUUGUCCUUGGAGGCAAUUGCUAUUAUGCGAAGGUUAUUGCGCAAGAAUCCAGAACGUCGUUUGGGCUCGUCGGAACGCGAUGCUGAAGAUGUUAAGAAGCAAGCCUUCUUCCGUUCAAUUAGUUGGGAUGAUCUGUUGUUGCGCAAAGUGAAACCACCAUUUGUGCCUACAAUUAACCAUCUUGAGGACGUAUCCAACUUUGAUGAGGAAUUCACAUCGGAGAAACCACAAUUAACACCACCAAAGGAGCCAAGGCAUUUGACUGAUGAAGAGCAAAUGUUCUUCCAUGAUUUUACCUACACCGCCGAUUGGUGUUGAUGAACUAGCGCAGCUAAAAUAAUGAUAUGAAAAGAAGAAGAGGAAGAAACAUAACUCAUAGCUGGUAUUGCUGUUGCGACUAUAGAGCAAAAGUAAAAAAAAAAUAUUCAAUAUAUAAAGGAUGUGCCAGCACUCCAAUUGAUUGCCUUUUCAGUUCAUGGUAUUGGACAUAGCAGUUUCGCCUUUCAUGCUCGUCAUCGUUCGGACACAUAUUUAUAAAUUAAAAAUAUACGAUUUUGUAAAAAGAUUUUUUUCUAUUUAAUUUUUUUUUUUGCUCUAACUGUUUAAAAAAAUAUUAUUGUGUAUAAGUUUAAGUAAACAAGGAAAAUAUUUCAUGAUGUAUAAAGGUUAUAAGUAUGCAGUGCCGCAGAGUUUGAAAA